AUGCCAUCUAGACGCACUCAUGCAAAUGAUAUUAGGUUUUCUGACAAAUUAGAACAUUCAUCUACACAUUCUGUUAAUUUGUCACCACGUGGAGAACAGCGAGAACCAAAUGAUCUCAAAGAAUUACUGCAAGCAUUAAUUUGUAUACUAACUUGUUUGAAGGGUAUGCAUGAAAUUAAGCCCAAACCGAUAAUGUACAGAGAUGUUCGAUGGCCAAAUAUUAUUCGCCAUUAUGACGGAUAUCAAAGAUUUAUUUUAAUCGACUUUGACAAUGCUACCUUUUCCCCUGCUGAUGAGCCUUUAGAAGAAUUUUCUGAAAGUGGUCAUGCUCCUGAAAUGCUGAUUAAAAAGCAUAAUUAUAAGGUUGAUAUAUGGGGCGUUGGAAACUUAAUUGGUUCAUGUAAUGUCACAGGCAUCCCCCCAGAACUUUUAAGCUUCAGCACAAAUUUGUGUAAACAUAAUCCAAAUAAUCGACCAACUACUUCAGUUGCUCUCGAUCAGGCAAAGAAUAUGUUUAGAGAAUGGUUUCCAAAUGAUGAUUGGCUAGAAAGGAUCGAAACUGCAUAA